UGGUUUAAAUAAACUGUAACAUAAUCCACAUAAAUAUCUAAGAUCUGAAUACUUAUAUUCAUUUUUUUAAUAGUUUUUUUUUUUUACUGUUGAUCUAAUUCAGUAGAAUUGUCCAUUUAAUAAAUACUUUUAUUGCAUUACUGUGUUGGAUAUACUAGAUACCCAAACCAGAGCUGACCCAAAGGGCAAAAGACUUCCAUAGCAAACGUCAUCAAAAAUAAUAAUAAUAAACAUCCUCUACGUCACAAGUCCUAAAAACAGAAGCGCCAGCCUUCGAGCCAUAAAUCGUAGGAGCCUCUUAAGGAAAUUAAUGAAGUGGGCAGUUUGCCAGGCCGUCUGCCCACCAAACUCUGUGAUACAAACUGCUCUCUCGCACCUGCGCUCACUGGAUUGAUGACGGUGGCUGAAUUACACAGCAGAGUGGUAAAAAUGCAGAGCGCAGCCUGACGCCUGUGUUUUAUUGAUCCAUUUAUUCAAGCGAUCGGCUGGCGCAGAGUUGGAUUUACAAGCAGCAGCACAUGCAGAUCCAGAGAAGUGGGGAGGACAGUGAAUGAGUGGAGGGAGAGAGGGGGGGUGAUGUUAGGGCUGGACAGGUGCUUUGACACCUCACUGAGAGAGGGGUAUAUAAAGGCUGGAUAGAAACUGAGGGAGACAUUUAGCUGAGGCCUUCUGCUUGACCGACAGACUGUCCAUCUCCCGUUGAAGCGAUGCUGUGUAAACUGCUGCUGUCCUGCGCUCUCCUUCUCGCAGCUCUGGAGCCUCUUUUAGGGCACCCAAUCGCACACUCGGCUGACAUCAUGUCCUACGCGGGGCCUGUGUCCAUAGAAGAAGACCAGCUGGUCAGCCCAGAAGAACUGUCCUAUUCUGACCAGUUGUAUUUGUCCAAUGGCUACCCUGCACUCCUUACAGGAGAUAUCAACAGAGAAGGUCUCAAAACAGCCAGCUUCAUCCCAAGCCAAUCGGUGAAAGACGUCAUGCUGGAGAAGCCUUUGUUGAACCCCCUGAGCCAUGUCCUGGGUGGCAGGAAGCAGUACCGGAAAAGAGGAAGCAACACAGAGUGCUUCUGGAAGUACUGCGUCUGAAAAAAACAAAACAUCCACACACAGAGACACAGCAUAUUGCACAUGUACAGCCACACACUCUCACAUGCUUUGCCAAAAUGACUGAUGCAAAAACGUCUUGAAGUAGAGA